GAUCCAAACAGAUUCAUAACAUUUUCUCUCCAGUCUCCAGUUCGUAAUUGUUCGCAAUACUGGUUUAAUAUACCCAAUUUUGUAAAAUAUUUGUAGGAAUGAGUAAUAUCGUAAUAUCAUCUUGAUCGCACGUAACUGUCAUGUGAAUUGAAUGAGAGAGAAAGAAAGAGAGAGCUUUUAUUCUUUCCAUAAAAUUCGGGUGACAAAAACGUAUUAUUAUAAAUACAAUAUAGUUUAUUUGUGACGAUUUACACUGGGUGUGACUUGUCACUUGAUUUAACUUGUCAACAAAGAGGAACGCAUUUAGGGCUGAUAUUAUUUUUGAGGUUAGGUCUUUAAUACUUCACAACGGGGGCCGAACAGUCAGCUAUGUCCGUUUCUCAAAUGGAAAAAAAUUUAUUCAAUUUGAAGUUUGCUGUAAAGGAAUUAGAGAGAAACUCGAAAAAAUGCGAGAAAGAGGAGAAAAUAGAGAAAACAAAAGUCAAGAAAGCAAUACAGAAAGGUAAUAUGGAAGGUGCUCGUAUCCAUGCGGAGAAUGCAAUUCGACAGAAAAACCAGGCCUUAAAUUAUCUCAGGAUGAGUGCUAGAGUAGAUGCAGUGGCUAGUAGAGUACAGACUGCACUGACGACUCGCAAAGUCACUCAGUCUAUGGCUGGUGUUGUUAAGGCCAUGGAUGCGGCAAUGAAAUCAAUGAACUUGGAAAAAAUCUCUGGUCUCAUGGAUAAGUUUGAGAGUCAAUUUGAGGAUCUGGAUGUACAAAGUUCAUAUAUGGAAAAUGCUAUGUCGCAAACUACAACUACCAAUGUACCUCAAAAUGAUGUGGAUACUUUAAUGCAACAAGUUGCAGAUGAAGCUGGCCUGGAACUGAACAUGGAAUUGCCCUCUGGUCAACUGGGCAGUAUUGGUACUUCGACAGCGGUGAGCCAAGAACAAGAUGAGCUAACACAGAGACUGGCGCGACUCAGAGAGUAAUAGCAAAAUAUUUUACUGUAUAUAUAUAUGAUUAAUAUAUAUAAUGAAAAUGUUUUAUAAGUUAUAUAAUAUGUUCCCAAUAUAUACAUUACAAUAAUGUGCAUUAUGAUGUUACAUAUGUGGUAACAUGUAUAUUUUUUACAUUACAAUAUUGGGAUAAUAAGUCUAAACAAAUAAGAAAGUUAAAAGGGAGAGUUCUAAACAACUUAUAAUAUCUUUGUAGUUUACAUGUGGCAAGCAAUAUCAAGCUUUAAUAUGAUACAAUGAGAUUGUUACAAAGAUUACAUUGGCUUUUAUCUUAAAAGAUUUGUGGAGUAUUAUAUUCUUAAAUAAUUGAUCUCUUGCUCUAAUUAUAUUUUUUAAAUUUUCCGAUUCUUGAAAUUUCACUAUUAUUUUUAUAAAAAUUAACCUAUUCAAAAUUAAUAAAGUGAAUGAUUAAUUAACUGAUUAUCUGUCUUUUUUGAAACAAGAUUAGAAAGAAUUUGUUAUAUCUUGAUUAAAAUUUUGCAAUAAUUUUAUUAAAUCUUUUGUUACAACAUAGUUUAAUUAUGAAAUGUAAUUUCAUAGAACGUGCUUUUGCUAUAAAGAUCGAUGUGUUGUAUAUUAAUAUAAAUUCAAGAUACAAAUAUAUUUACUAGCCUGAAAAUAUCAUUCCAAAAUAAUGAUUUAGAUAAUCUUUUGAAUCAAAAAAUUAAAUAGUUAAUGCAAUCAGACUAACAAAAACUGCAAAAUAUAAUUAAGUAUAAAAUAAUUUACUAUUUUAUGUUUUAUCUUUUGCAAUACUAAAAGUGUUAUUAUUAAGUAAGUAUCUUAUUGUUUAAAUAAGUGUGUACAUGCAAAUAUCUAUAAUUUCUAUCAUUAACACAGAGAGCAGAAUAUAAUUUUAUUUUUCCUUUUUUUAUCAAAAUAUCGUGAUUUUUUUAAGAGAAAAAUGAUAAUAAUUUGUAAUACAGCUAAAAAAUCAGUACAUGUAGAAAUGUACGCUUGUAAAAAUAAAUAACUUAUAAAAAUGCAAUGAACAUAUAAGGCAAACAAUAGAAGUUUUUGUUUUUAGUUCACCAAAACAUUGAAGUUGUUA